AUGAGCCAAGAAGCGGAUUACGAGGAGUUCCUGACGUUGCGACGUCAUGUCCGCAAACUCCAGGCAGGCACUCCUCUUCUCCUCCGCUCCCAGGGAGCACAGGGCCAGGAUCUGGACCUUCAGAUCUGUGCCGUCCAAAUCUCCCAGGACCUUCAGUUCCUGUCAUGGCGGGACAGUGAGGGGAACGGCUCCACAAAGCAACUUCCGCUGAACAAAAUCCUGGCUGUGGAGGAUACUAGCCUCCCAUCCUUGCCCGGCAACUCCGAUGGCGAUGGCCACCACGCGUUGCAGGUGAAGCUUCGGCAGGAGAAAGGUUUGGGCCUGCCAGCUCAAAUCGAGUUAAUUUGUACCUCCAAGGAGGACCAAGAGGCCUGGCUCCAGGGCCUUCGCUUCCUUGUGGCCGACAAAGGCAGCGAGGAAAAGAUUCCUCAGGGGAAGCCCAGUGAACAAGGUCUACAAGAGAAGCUGAAGCUGCAGGAGCAACUCUGUGAGCAGCUGCGGCAAGAGAACAACAUGCUCCGCGACAUCGUUAAGAGAAAGGACGAAACCAUCGCGGAGCUUCUGCGUGAUAGCCAAAGCAAGUCGAUCAAGACAGAGUCGACCUCGCGGGAGAGUGACGAGCACCUGCAGUAUCGCGAGGUCGCCAUUCUCAGGAGGAAGAACAAACGACUCCAACUUGACCUGAAGUCCAAGCAGCAAACCAUUGCAGGUCUGCUGAAGCUGGUCGAGAGGCUAUCGCAGCAAGCCGAUGCCGAAACCAGUGCGCCAGAAGACCAGGAGGACACGCAAGACGAGCCAGAGAUCAAUCCGAAAGUGCAUCCAAAGCUCGUCGUGACCCAGGUGGCUGUGGACCCUGACUCCGCACCGGCGGCGGAGGCGCCAACGGUGCAGGCUCCCUGCCCCAGCCCACUGGAGCCCGCGCCGACCCCGACCCAGCAGCAGGAGGGCCCCUUCGCGGGGGAGCUGGGUGCAUUGGUCGAGAAGCUACAGGCUUUGCAAGAAGCCACAGCCUCGGCCACGCAGGGCGUGGCCUCGUUGGGUCGCUUUCAGCCCCCAAGCCGUAGCCCACCUGGGCCUGCCCCUCGCGGGCCAAAGAGUGCUGCUGCGCUUCAGGCACUGAAGCGUGAGAUGGCCGUGCUGGAGGAGAAGAAGAGGGUGGUGCAGCAUCUUGCCCAUACUCUAGAGCCAGAUGGCUCUGACUCAGAGGAGGGUGACGGAUUCCCGCUGCGCUGA